GCAACAAAGCAAAUACAUAUACCAACUCCAAGUGAUUUGAUAUUUAUAUUAUAGAUUAGACCAACUCUCACAAUCUCACUGCCCUGUUUUUCUCAAACACUUUGUCCAUUCUUUCCCCAUCCAUGUGCUUAAAGCAACUUCUCUUUACUUACCCUUUCCCUGUCUUUUAUGUUCAUUCCAAAUUUCAAAUCAAACAUUUUUGUGAUUACUCCUGUUAGCCUUAGCAGUUAGCACAUAAUUGAUAGAUAUAGUUAUAUAGCAAAUUUCACUCGCUCACAGUCACUUUUUCCGUUUCUUUUCUCCUCUUUUUCUAUUCUUUUCUGAAGAAACAAGAGACCCCUGAUGAAAAGGAACCUUUUUUCAACUGAUUCUCAAAUAUUGUAGCCAUGGCUACUUUUAGACAGAUCCUUCUGUUUAUAUUAUGAUCCAAAAAAGUCACCUUUUUUCAGCAGAUAUACUUGUUCAGGUAAUUUUGUGGCGGCUGCUGCUGCUGCUGUCGGUGGUGGUGCCUUGAUGAUGAAGGAUUUUCCUUCUUGUUUUGGAGAGAAUGGUGUUCAGGUAGCAGAUGCAUCAUCAUCCUCCUCCUCUUCAAUCACAACAACAAGAGCAUCACAGAAUGUGGUUACUUGUGUCUAUCAGUGCAAGCUAAGAGGAUUUUCUUGCUUGAUCAUCAGUCUCUCAUGGAGCAAGAAUCUCAUGGGUCAAGGCUUCACUGUUGGAAUAGAUGAGAUGAACAAUCGUCAAAGCCUCUGCAAGGUUGAUAUAAAACCAUGGCUCUUCUCAAAGAGAAAAGGGUCCAAGAAUUUGGAUGUUGAAUCUAGCAGAAUACACAUAAUUUGGGACUUGAGCUCUGCUAAAUUUGGUUCAGGGCCAGAACCAUUGGAAGGGUUCUAUGUAGCUGUUUUGUUCGACAAAGAAAUGGUGUUGCUCCUAGGUGAUCUCAAAAAGGAAGCAUGCAAGAAGGUUAACAGUGACUAUGUUCAUUAUGUUAAUGAAGCCAUUUUCAUUGCAAAGAGAGAACACAUAUUUGGCAAGAGAUUCUACAGUUGCAAGGCUCAGUUUUGUGACAAGGGUCAAGUUCAUGAUGUUAGGAUUGAGUGUGACGCAACAAUAGGUGUUAACAAUAAAAACAGUGAGCCUUGUCUUGUGAUUAGGAUUGAUAGCAAGACAGUGAUGCAGGUGAAGCAACUCAAGUGGAAGUUCAGAGGGAACCACACCAUUUUGGUGGAUGGUUUAGCAGUGGAAGUGUUUUGGGAUUUGCAUAAUUGGCUCUUUGGAAAUGCUUUGGGGAAUGCAGUGUUCAUGUUCAGAACAUGCAUUUCAAGUACUGAGAAGGGGAAAUCAUCAGUUUCAGAUCCUAGUGUUUUGUCUCAACAGUUAAGGGAGUCACAGUUACAAUUCUCUCUCAUUUUGUAUGCUUGGAAGAAUGAGUAGACAAUAGGGGACUUGAUAAUAAGCAAGAAAGGAUGUUACUAUUCUUGAGGGUUAUACUGAUAUUGCUAGCCACAAUUUUCAACAAACAUGUGAUCAUACAGUUUUCUCUCCUUUUUCUUGUGCUUUAUAUAUAAUUUGCGGCUUUUUAAAGUUCAGAAUAUUGAUUUACAUAGAGAACUUCUGUUUCUAAAUUUUGGUUGGGCAUGAAAAGAAAAAGGUUUCAAUGCUUGCUUUCCAAUUCUACUUUGAAUAGUCACCUAAACAUGCUGCAUGAGGUUUGAAUAAUCAAUAAUAAAGCAAAGACAAAUACUGAGUACUGAGAAGUGAGUGCAAGAAAGUAGAAACAGAAUCUGCUCAUAUUCCUAACUCUGACAUGUUUAAAUAAAAAUCAGUAGGAUAGACUUUGACUCAGUAGUACAAUUACUUUCCUUCUGAUAAUGCGGUGCACUGAAGAAAGAAGGUGCUAUUAAAUUAUGUUUCUAUGUACAAAACUUGGAUGUAUUUAAUUUAUUGAAAUUUUUUGGUGGUAGGGGGUUGGUUUUGGUUUGAGUCUUAAUUCUUUAGUCAUUAGCCUUAGAUAUUGAUUUGGAAAACUUAAAUAUAUGAAAAAUAAUUUCUCUUGCUAGCAAAUUCUCAUAUAUGUUGGUAACCCAUGGUUACAUAUAUUCAUACAGAAAUUAACGUUACAAUCUCUAAGCCAAUUCACCUAAUUUGAAUGAA